AUGAUGCACAAACGUUUAAAAUUUUUGAAAGUAUAUACAGGCGAAGGAUUAACAAAAGCUCUCAUUGCAUCUAAAGAUAUAGCUGAAGAAGCUGAACUAAACCCGGAGUUUGAAAGAAAACGUUCUCAUAUGAAAAUGAAGAUGACGCAUCUACGGAUCCGGAAAUGUUACUUAGAACAAAUGUUUUCCAACCAAUAUUAA